AUGCAGCCUUCCAAAACUGAUACCCACAACAGUGACUACCCCAGCAAUACAGAAGAAGCGCCCCAGCUACCAACCAUGCAGCAACAGUGGCUCCUCCUCGACCACUCACAAAAUCGAAUCGAAGACUCAAGCGGCGAGAACGAUGAAACUGCCAUGUCUUGGCUUCAGCAAACGAGUCUUAGUGGCGGAUUUCUGUCGCCUUUAAUGAGCAUGUCAUUUGAAGAGCCAAUCGAAACUUUAUCUGCUGAACAACAACGAGAACGGAUGCUUGAUAUCAUCGACGAAGCCCUUAAUAUUAUCAAUUCAAAAGACCAUGAUGAUAGCGACGAGGAAAAAGGGGAAAAGCUCACCAUUGACUCUUUCCUCUCGUCCACCUUUCCAAAACAAUAA